AUGAGAAGCUUAAUUGUGCGUCCAGUACGGGUUGCUUCUAUAAGGCCAUUUGGUACAUCUGCUCCAAGACCUUUCCUUGAAAAUCUCUUUGGAAAGAAGGAAAUUAAGAAGAGAGAAGAAAUUAUCAAAAACCAGGAUGAUUAUGAAUCUGAUCCAGACGCCAAAAUCACCAUUUUGAGUGAAAAGAAUUCGCCAGAAUACAAGCCCUUUGACCCUGAAGUUGAUAUGGCCGACUUUAAGAUCAAUCAAUGGAAAUCUCAAGUAGUUAAUCCAAAGAAUAUAGAAGCUACCUACACUUCUGAAAAGUUAUCCCAAAUCUUUAACGAAACAUACAGAAACUUAAAAAACGAAGAAAUCACUACACAACAAUACAAGGACUCAGAUUUGCACAACUUGAGCUUCAGAUUUGAGUUUUCGAAAUCGUUGCAAAAAUCCUUAGGAUUCGACAUCAGUGACUAUAUUCUUUCUAGAUCUCAUACAGUGCAAGAUUUAUAUAAUGAAGUCGAAAAAGUGAUAGCAAAGAGAUGGACUAGUGAAAGAAACCCCAACGCAAUUUCGUUGAGACCAGAAGACUUCAAGUCAACCAACGUAUAUUUGAACCAGGAAUUAACCGAAAGUCAACAGAAGAAAGCUUUCAAGAAACUUGUUGCACAAGCAAGAGAAUCAGAAGCCAACUGA